AUGAGAGAAACUAAGGCACCGGUGGUUACUAAGCCGGCUAAAGCUUUUUUGGCUCUGAAUCUGAAAGAGGACCCUGAAUUCAAGACGAAAGUCCAGGAGAUGAAGAAGCGACACAAAAAGGGACAACAAACAAGUCCAAGAGGGAUUUAUGUUGGCCAUCUUCCCACUGGGUUGUUUGAGCCUCAGCUCAAAUCCUACAUUGAACAGUUUGGAAAUGUUGUCAGGUUACAACAGGCCAGGAGUAAAACGACAGGUGGAGUUCGACUGAUUGUCACCAAGAUCGUUGCUGAGACGAUGAACAACUACCUGAUGGGUGAGAUACUGAUCAAAUGUAAUCAAGUUCCUACUGAGGUGCAUUUAGGAGUUGUUUGUGGGAUCACAAAGAGCUUUUAAGAAGCUGUGGCUCGCUACAAUGAGACACACACCAGAGGAGGUCAAGGAGAUGAGAGGAUGACUCCUACAUAAAGAGGCCAAGCUCCGUAAAAGGCUGGCAGAGAAGGGAAUCCACUACGACUUCCCAGGGUUUACUUCUCAAGUGCAACAGAAGAAAAAGUUAGAUGACACUGUGAAUGCAUCCACGUGUAAUGAGACGUGACUCCAGUGUGAACGACCUCAGUUCUGGACAGGAGGAGGUCCAUGAAGAUCAACGAUGAGGAUGGCGAAAUCAUCAAGAAUACCCCCGCCCAAAAAACGUCUAAAGGCAAAUGUUAAGAGAAAGGGGGAUACCUAGUCAGACUGUACAACUGAAGGCAUUCAACUGAAUGCCUUCCGCAUUUAACCCCAACCCCUCUGAAUCAGAGAGGUGCGGGGUGCUGCCUUAAUCGACAUCCGUGUCUUUGGCACCUGGGGAACAGUGGGUUAACUGCCUUGCUCUGGCAGAAUGACAGAUUUUUACCUUGUCUGCCUGGGAAUACGAUCGAGCAACCUAAGGAGCAGAGUCUAAGAUUCCUCCUACUGAGGAAGAGGAGACUGAGGAGGAGUCCUUCCUAGAAGGGAGUAAGAAGCCCACAACGUGUGAAGAGCCCUCAGGGGACAAGCGCCAGUCGUAUAGGAAGGAGCAUAGUGAACGAACGUCAACGACUGUUGUUUAAGGGACAAUGACUCAAUUGAAUUGCCUUGCUUGUAAAAAUGUAUCUGCUUUACAAGGUGGUUGGUCCUCUAUAUAAUUGCACAGAGGAGAAUGACUAGAGAGUCAAUGACUGUUUGACAGUGUUAGAGCCUAUGCACCUGUAUAGCACCUCCUAAAGUCCCAUAGCCAAGGCCUAAAAUUAACACCUGCCAAAUGUGGGUAUAUUUUGGUAUUUGCUGGUAAGAUGUUGAUUUCACCAGCUCAGUUGGAGGUGGUCAGGGCUCCACAGUGCAAGCAUUUCACUCGCAUUUGUGAAUAAAAAUAGUAUAAGUAUGAUGACAUUUAUAUAAAAUAAAUGCUGGAGUAGCUGUUUUCAAAUUAUUUCUGCCGUUUUGUUUCAGAGCUGGUAAAUUAAUUCACAAAGUCAAAGAACUAGCUACGAAUCCUGGGUUGCACCGCCGUCUCUCUGUUGUGUUGUUGCCAUUGCUAUCAACGUUCUACAGAUGCUGCAGCAUAUUGAUGUCUGACUGAUGUUUAAUGGAAAGUCUUUCUGAACAGUUUUUUGUAAAAUUUACUCUAUAGUGGCCUGGAAAUACAAUGACAAAAAAACCUUGUCAUCAUUAUGUCAAGUGAAUUAAAAAAAUAUAUAAAUAUA